AACUGGAUAGUCAAGCAGCAGGCAGUAGAAAUAUCUCAGAUCAGAUAGGAACUCCAUAACGACAGCAUUCCUCGCAGUUUCCAGUAGGUGUUAGACGAGCAUAUAAACGAAGCCCACAGAAAAACAAAAGUAACUUUCGCAGUGCUUUUAUUAUUGAGAUUUUGAGUCAGUGUUAGCGUAGAAGGAAGGCACAGGAGACAGGAGAUCCACAGAGGAGGAGGAGCAAGGACCGUAUGGAGACAGCUGAACCGCACAAGAAUCAAGAGGACACCCACAUCAUGGCUGUUAACGUUUACUCUACAAACGUGACGUCGGAGAAUCUCUCGCGCCACGACAUGCUGGCUUGGGUCAACGAUUGCCUCCAGUCGCAGUUCUCCAAGAUCGAGGAGCUCUGCACGGGCGCCGCAUACUGUCAGUUUAUGGACAUGCUUUUCCCCAAUUCAGUGCCCGUGAAGCGUGUCAAAUUCCGUACGAAUCUGGAGCACGAGUACAUACAGAACUUCAAGAUUCUUCAGGCGGCCUUCAAAAAGAUGUCUGUGGAUAAGAUCAUUCCAGUUGACAAACUGAUUAAGGGCCGGUUCCAAGACAACUUCGAGUUCCUCCAGUGGUUCAAGAAGUUCUUCGACGCCAACUAUGACGGCCGCGAGUACGAUCCGGUGGCUCAGCGGGGCGGACUUAAGCUGGGCAACGGCAACGGGCAUGGCAACAACGGCGGCAGCGGCGUGGGCAGCAGCAGCAACGAUCUCCACUUAGCACACCGCCGACCUCUGCAGGCACCCACCACCAGUAGCCGCAUGGCACCGCGACUCACCACGAACACGGCAGUCUCAAAGGUGGUGCCUCGCACGAACAACGUGGCGCCCCCGAGCAGAAUGGCGGCCGGAUCCAACAGCACGGGCACGGUGAAGAAGAACGACGCAGGCAACUCGGUCAGCAACCAACAGAUCGAAGAGAUGUCUAACCAGGUAAUGGACAUGCGCAUUAAUCUGGAGGGUCUAGAAAAGGAGCGCGAUUUCUACUUUUCGAAGUUACGCGACAUCGAAAUACUUUGCCAAGAAGCAGAUGAUGGCGAAGCACAUCCUCUCAUUCAGAAGAUACUAGACAUCCUGUAUGCAACCGAGGACGGAUUCGCACCGCCCGACGAUGCACCACCAGAGGAUGAAGAGUAUUAAUUAAAAGAGUAAAAAGAAAAACAACAGCCCACGAAAUUAAUUUGCUACAUACAUAUUCAAAACACAAGUCAAGAGCAAGAGAUGGGAGUAAACAAGUUAUAGUUAGAUAGUCAGGAACGAAGAUGUAAAGUAUAUGAGACGAUAUGCAACCGCGUAUAGAGUACGAUCCCCGAACACGAAGUCAAGAGCUUUAGCGCCAGUCGAUCUGAUAUUUAACUAUAUUGUGAUCCGAAGCGGCCGCAUGAUAUCUGCAUGAUCGCUCCUAUACGGGUACCACUAUCAUACAGAACUUUGGAUUCAAAAUUUUCAUCGCGAAUGUUUCGUUCUGCGCUGGUGAUGUCGAGAAACGCAUCAACGAACGGGCAUCAAUAUUUCAUAAUUAAAUUGUUUGUAUUUUAGCAGAAUAAACUAAUUUGUACACACCUUA